UUACUUCCACGAGAAUUGUUUUCCUUUUUUUUUAUCAGAUUUGAUAAUUAUUUGUUUUUCAUUACUUUUCUACAAAUUUAUUGUUUUACGAUAUAAAAUAUUACACAUUUAUGACUUAUUACGUACAAUUUAAACUUUUGUAAUUUGAUGCAAAUAAAACUUGUUAAUAAUUUCAAAAUAAUACAUUUUACUACGUUUAAAACCGCAGUCAUAAGAUAUAGAAAUGUAAUCCUGCCAUGAAUUUGAGGCUUGUCCAUACAAUAUGGGAGGCUGUUUAGGUUUGCAGAGAAAUCGAAGGGGAAGGAACGCAACUACAGACAAUGGAUCUCGUCCGAGUUCGGGUACCAAUAGAAAAAACCAUCCAUUGUGUCACGAGACUAUACGUUGGAAAUCAGAUGUGCCUUUGACUGAAGGUCAAUUGCGUAGUAAGCGAGAUGAAUUUUGGGAUACUGCACCUGCAUUUGAAGGUCGUAAGGAAAUAUGGGAUGCCUUAAGAGCAGCUACAGCGGCUGCAGAAACAACUGAUUUUCAAUUGGCACAAGCUAUACUUGAUGGUGCUAAUAUUUCAGUUCCUAAUGGAUUUUUAACUGAAUGCUAUGAUGAGUUGGGUAAUCGAUAUCAGGUACCAGUGUACUGUUUAUCAUACCCUAUAAAUAUAGUAAAAGAGGGUAGCGGCAGAGACUCUCCUAUUGAACAAACUGAAUCUUUGGAUGAAGGCUCUGAAAUUAUGUUAAAACUUCGUUUAUCAUCUAAUUGCCUAGACAUAAAGAUGCCACUCAUGACAAGAGAUACAAUAGCUCAAGCCAAAAAGAAAUUACAAGCUAAGGAAGGUAUUGAACCACUGCAUCAAAGGUGGUUUUUCGGAGGAAAGCUUUUGGGAGAUAAGUUGCAUAUAGACGAAGCCAAAGUUCUUCCAGGUUAUGUGAUCCAAGUAAUCAUUAACCCUGAGCCUACUAAUGAAAGCUGAAUUGUAAAAAAAAAAAAAAUAAUCAAAUUGUUAAUUAUCA